GGGCGGCGGCGAGGCCCGGGCGCGGGCGGUCCCCGCGCGCUCUGCCCAUGGCCCCGAGCGGGCCGCGGCGGCGGCGGCGCUGAGCGGCCCCGGGGCGGGGGACGCGGGCGCCCGGGGCGAGAUGAGCGGCCCGCUGGAGCAGAAGGAGCAGCAGGAGCGGCUGCGAGAGGCCGCGGCCUUGGGGGACAUCCGCGAGGUGCAGAAGCUGGUGGAGAGCGGGGUGGACGUGAACUCCCAGAAUGAGGUCAACGGCUGGACCUGUUUGCACUGGGCGUGCAAGCGCAACCACGGCCAGGUGGUCUCUUACCUGUUGAAGUCAGGGGCAGACAAAGACAUCCUCACCACCAAAGGAGAGAUGCCCGUCCAGUUGACAUCAAGGAGAGAGAUCAGGAGGAUCAUGGGAGUGGAAGAGGAGGAUGACGGAGAUAACCUGCCCCCGCCGAGGAAGGAGUCAGACCUGCCCUUUGUUCCCAACUACCUGGCCAACCCGGCCUUCCCUUUCAUCUACACCCCCUCGGCAGAGGAUGCCGCCCAGCUGCAGAACGGGGGCCCCUCCUCCCCUCCUGCCUCCCCCGCCGCGGACGACUCCCCUCCAGUGCUCUCCCCCGGGGACCCUCCCCUGCUCGGGGCCUUUCCCCGGGACCGCACCGCUCUGGCCCUGGUUCAGAACGGGGACGUGCCUGCCUCCUCUGCCAUCCUCCGGACACCCGAAAGCACAAAACCCGGCCCUGUCUGCCAGCCGCCCGUGAGUCAGAACCGCGCGCUCUUCUCGGGCGCCGCCAAGCCGCCCGUGGCCCUGGAGCCCCCGAGCGGGCCACAGGCAGGAGCAGCACCAGCCUUCCAGCCGUUUUUCUUCACUGGCGCAUUCCCGUUUAACAUGCAAGAGCUCGUCCUGAAGGUGAGGAUUCAGAACCCAUCUCUUCGAGAAAACGAUUUCAUUGAAAUUGAACUGGACCGGCAGGAGCUCACCUACCAGCAGCUGCUCCGAGUGAGCUGCUGUGAGCUGGGCGUCCACCCCGACCAAGUGGAGAAGAUCCGCAAGCUGCCCAAUACGCUCGUGAGAAAGGACAAAGAUGUUGCUCGACUUCAAGAUUUCCAAGAGCUGGAACUGGUUCUGUUGAUCAGUGAGAAUAAUUUUCUGUUCAGGAACGCUGCGUCCAGUCUGACGGAACGGCCUUGCUACAACAAGAGAGCUUCGAAACUGACUUACUAACGCAGCAGGGACCUCUUCACCGAGUAGCGUGACAGUUUUGCGUCACCUCUGGGCCAAGGACAAGCCAUUGUCCCGGGGGCCCCUGGUGCCCCUGUGCCGUCCACACUAACUCCACUCUGCCUAGGUAGGGCGCCCCGACCCCGGCAGCGGUGCCGUUCCUCCAGGCCUCUUGGUGCACAAUAAACCUAUUGCUUGAAGCUGCGAGCCGCGGAGAAGUGGUGUGGAGAGGCAGCCGCGGCCGGCUCUUGACUCAGUGUGUUUUAUGCGCCGAGUGUAAGAGUUGUUGGAGCAGAAGCCGAGAGAGAGAGAGAGCAGAGCCUAUUUCUAGCCACUCCUGUCGGCAGCGCGCCUGAAGGGCCAGGGUGCGCGUCUCGGGGAUUCCUGCCCACACCUCUCCUGCACCGUGGACCAGCUAGGGAGGAAGGUCUGGGCGAGCACAGGUACUGGCCAGACCAAUUUCAGCGUGACUUGUGACUGUGAGGUUUCCUAUUAACACAUUUAUAAACGUUAACUCAGGUUAAAAAUAUUUAAGAUUGCAGAUACCUUAUACCAGAUCAUUGUACAUAGGCUGUUAACCAAAAGAGCUCCCUCUUUCCUUCCCCCUCUCCUCCCGCCCCCUCCCUGUGUUUUCUUUGUAAACACACCACUGCUUCUGAGAGUCCCCCGUGGCCACCUGCUCCACGGCCGCCCCGGCCCGAGCCCUCGCCGCCACCAGAGGGCGCUCUGCGCCUCCCCAACACUGAGCGCCUUCCAUGUGUGCGCAGCCUGUCCACCAGGUGAGCGCCCUCGGCCAAGAGCACAAAUGUCACCUGUCCACCGUCUUCGCUUUCAUCUUCCACCGGAGACAACAAGCAAUUUUUGAGGCCGAAUCUGUUGCUCUUUUAAAGGUUAGCGUGAGAAACUGAGUUAGAAGAGUUAGCAUCUUUAUUUUUGUAUCAAAGAUAAAGGUUAUUUUGAAAUUAUUAGAAUUUUUACACAACUCUGCCGUUGUAAGCAAAUGGUCCGACCAUUGGGAUCCCCCCUCCCGCUCUCUCCCUGACCCACUUAGCAGAGUCAGUGGGGGGGGGUCCAGCAGGCUUUGUUCUGGGCAGACAGACACGGGAUCAGACUCAUGAGCAGGGCAUCGGAGGCCCUUUAAAGAAUGCCGCCAAGGACAGUUUUUCCUUCCUCCAGUGUCGCUGGCGUGGAAGGCCCCUGAGCUUCGGGGAUGAGGACGCACACACUUAGACAACCCAGAGUGCAGGGCUUGGAGCCAGCCACGGGGCGCCCCCCUGCUGUCUGGAGCAGCUUCCCCCGCCCCCAGAGUGCCUAGAUUUUCCAAAGAAACUGACCCUCCCCUCGUGUUAACGGUGCCGGAGCGCUCGGACCCAGGAGCGCGCAGAUGGUGCGGUGGCCAGAGGAGGUGGCCAGAGGAGGUCAGGCUAAGACCGUGGCCUCCCCGCCACCAAUGUCGGAGCGGUGUUCAAGGCCACCCUCAGGGCAGCCCCCCCCUCCCCCGUUCUUUGUGUGACUCCCCCUUUGUCCAGUGUCCGCCUCGAAGAACCAAGGUCACUUAACUGCCCCUUCCCUGAAGUGCUUUCAGGAAGAAACCUCUUUUGUGUUUCAAGCAAUCAGACGUUUUUUCUGUCUAGACACGAUACCCCUUUACCAUUUUUCUUUGCUUGGGAAAAUAAGUUUUGCAGGGUGCACUGAUCAAUUAAGGCCGGUUUUUAUCCUGGAGGAAAUCAAUGCAGUAUAAAUUCACGUUCGGAUCACUGGGGUUACAACUCUCUCAGCCAUCCAGCUCAGUUAGAGGUUCUUAGAAGCAACAGCGGUGGGCCAGGGCAUUCCGCAGGGGGCUUGACACCCCCCCCUCGCCCGCCCCCCCAGGUCUUCGCUCUCAAAAGCCCUCUGUAACCACCCUCUGUGCACAGAGUGGGGUUAAGACGGCACGGUGGCUGGUCGGUGAGUUUCAAGUCUUAAUCUAUGCAUUCAGAGAAAUAUUUUUCUAUGGCUUUGUGUAAUUUAUAACACGGCUUUUUUUUAGCUCUGUGAACUGUGACGUCGCCCCUCCCCCCGCAUAUUUAAAGCAUGUGUUCACAUUGUGUGUAAACAUUCGCGGGAGAGCUCCCUCUGUGCAUUGCUGACUGUUCAAACAUAACACGGAUUAUUAAAAUUAAAUAUUAACCGACUGA